GAAAGAUGGCGGCAGCUGCGGUUUGAAUUCCAGCGGCGCCGUCAGAAGCUGAACAGGAGCUGGGUUGGAGGGGGCGGGGACCUGGGAAGCCCGGCAGGUCGCAGCAGCUGGGGGAACCCGUGGCGCCGUCGCUACGCACACCAACGCCACCACCGCCUCUGUGUCCAUGAUGGACUCGGGGCUGGAAAAGGACGUCACCCUCCCCGGGACUCUCAGCGGUUGCAGUGGACUUGUUCCCAACUUUCAAAAUGACUUAGAUGGCGUCAACCCCAGUGCUGGCUUGGGGAAUGGGGUGCUCCCAAACGUGUCGGAAGAAAUGGUGUCUCCCACCAGAGCACGGAACAUGAAGGACUUUGAAAAUCAUAUCGCUGAACUGAAGAAAGAAAACUUCAACCUGAAGCUCCGUAUCUAUUUCCUUGAGGAAAGAAUGCAGCAGGAAUUCGAUGGCCCCACUGAACAAGUCUACAAAACUAACAUCGAACUCAAGGUGGAAGUAGAAAGUCUGAAGCGAGAGCUCCAGGAAAGAGAGCAGCUGCUCAUCAAAGCCUCCAAAGCGGUUGAGAGCUUAGCUGAAGGGGGCGGCUCUGAAAUCCAGAGAGUGAAAGCAGAUGCCCGGAAGAAGGUGCAGCAGGUGGAAGAUCGUCUCACCAAAAAGAUAAUCCUUUUGGAAGAGGAUGUGAAAGCCGCCCAAGCAGAACUGGAAAAGGCCUUUGCGGGGACCGAAACGGAGAAGGCUCUUCGGUUGAGCUUGGAAAGCAAACUUGCAGAGAUGAAGAUGAUGCAUGAGGGGGACCUGCAGAUGGUUCUGGUGCUGGAAGAGAAAGACAGACUGAUUGAGGAGUUGAAGCUCUCUUUGAAGAGCAAAGAAGCUUUAAUUCAGUGCCUUAAAGAGGAGAAAUCUCAGAUGGCAUCUCCUGAUGCGAGUGUGUCAUCUGGAGAGCUCCGAGGACUUUCUGCUGCUCCGAGGGAAGGAAAGGAUAGAGAAACUGAGGCUGCACAAAUGGAGCAUCAGAAGGAGAGAAAGCACUUUGAAGAGAGGAUCCAGGCACUUCAGGAGGACCUGAGAGAGAAGGAAAGAGAAAUUGCUACAGAGAAGAAAAAUAGUUUAAAGAGGGAUAAAGCCAUUCAGGGUCUAACUGUGGCAUUAAAAUCAAAGGAAAAAGAGGUUGAAGAACUUAACUCUGAAAUCCAAGGGCUCAGUGCCGCGAUUGCUGCAGGCAGAGAGGCCCCGCAGAAAGCACAGACCCGGAAACUCCAGGGAUCUGAAGAUUAUGAGGCUGCUCUGUCAGAGAAGGAAGCCCUUUUGGCUGAGCUGCACUCGGAGAACCUGACCAAGAGUGCAGAGAACCACAGGCUGCGUAGGAACAUUAAGAAGGUCACUCAGGAGCUGAGUGACUUGCAGCACGAGAGGGAGAGACUAGAGAAGGACCUGGAGGAGGCCCGUCGAGAGAGGAGCAAGGGAGACUGCACCAUCCGUGACCUCAAAAAUGAAGUUGAAAAAUUACGCAAUGAAGUGAAUGAAAGAAAGAAGACAAUGGAGAAUCGUUAUAAGACUCUUUUGAGCGAAAGCAAUAAAAAAUUACACAGUCAAGAGCAAGUGAUCAAACGUUUAACAGAAAGUGUCAAUCAAAAAGACUUAUUGCUUCAGAAAUUCAAUGAAAAAGAUUUGGAAGCAAUUCAGCAGAACCGUUGUUUAAUGACUGCGCAGGAUCUCGAGUUCAGGAGCGAAGGCUUAAUAACAGAAAAGUGUUCUUCUCAACAGUCACCAGGCAGCAAAAUCAUCUUCUCUGAGGAUAAGCAACAAUCAGACUAUGAAGAACUGAUUCAGGUCUUAAGGAAAGAGCAGGACAUCUAUACCCAUCUGGUAAAGUCUCUGCAGGAUUCAGACAGUACCAACAGCCUGCAGGCCGAGUUGAACAGCAUUCUGGCCCUGCGGAAACAGCUGGAGCGUGAUGUGCUCUCAUACCGGAAUUUGCAGAAGACCCUGGAGGAGCAGAUCAAUGAAAUUCGGCGGCGGGAAGAAGAACCAUUUUCGUUUUAUAGCGAUCAAACAUCUUAUCUAAGUAUAUGCCUUGAAGAGCGUAAUCAGGUUCAAGUGGAACAUUUUUCUCAAGAAGAACUUAAGAAAAAGGUCAGCGACCUUAUCCAACUAGUAAAGGAACUGUAUUCGGACAACCAGCACCUGAAGAAAACCAUUUUUGAUCUCUCCUGCAUGGGUAUCCAGGGAAAUGGCAGACUCGAGUCAACAGAACAAACAGAGCUUCUGGCUAGAAAGGAGGACAAGGACACAAUCAAAAUGGAAGAAGAUGACGAGAAUAAUUUCCUGAGUGACCAGCAUUUGGAGCAGAGUAAUGAGAUUAUGGAGGACUAUUCCAAAGGAAGAUGCAAAAAUGGAUAUUUAAAGCACAUGGAUUCCAAUAUUUUAGACCACAGCGAGGCUCCCAAACCCAGCUGCCCCGGAGAUCAGAGUAUGGAAGAAGGCAAGCUAGCGGACCUGCUUGCUCCUUUCUUCAGUGAGAAGGCCACAUUGUUGCUGGAGUCCAGACCAGACCUUCUGAAAGCACUACGUGAACUGCUUCUGGAACAAAUAUGCCUGGCAGAGCAGGAAGUUUCUGGAGAACGCCUUGAUGAUAAAACUGAGAAGACAGUUAAGCAAAUGGACAUUGAGUUAAGGGGAGAUCGUGGACAGUUCACCCAAGCCAGCUCACCUUGCAAGCCACACGGUGAACUGCAGUCGGCUUGGGAGACCCAGCUCGCCAGGGCGGGUGAAGCACACAAGGUGGAGCUGAGAGACGCCUCGGUGCAGACGGUGGCUGUCGAGGGGAAGACAGAGGCUGGGGACCAGCGGCCAUCCGAGGCCGUGAUCAGUACUGAGCUCCUGCCCCAGAACAUGUACAAGUUGCCAAGGCAGCAGGCCGCUCUUUCCUGUCCUAGUGGCACCAACAAAGGAGCUAAGAAGUCCCGCUUGCCGAUCCUAAUCAAACCAUCCAGGCCAUUAGGAAGUGUGUAUCAUCUCCCUGCCAGCCAGGAGGUGGUGGCCCAGCUGCAGGGCCAGAUUUUGGAGCUGCAGGGGAACCUGAAGGAAUUUAAGACUCGCAACAAGCAGCUUCACCAAAAGUUAAUUCUGGCUGAAGCGAUGAUGGAGGGGAAGUCAACGCCUGAGAAAACGCUCCCGGAUGUGCCUAUAGCUCAGCCCUUUGUGGGAACAGCCUACCAAGACAGCCCAGAAGAGGAAAAAGGAAUGAAAGCCACACCCUCCAUCUGGAGAGACAAGGAAAUGGACAAUGAUCAGCAAACAAACUACGAGAUCGACUCUGAAAUUCCCUCACCUGAUGACCUUGCCAUCUUGCCAGCACGCCAAGAGAUUCCUGAAGAUUUUGUGGACCCAACUUCAGUAGCCGCUUCUUAUUUGAGUUCUAAGAAUCAGCUUUCCAUUAAAAGCAGUAUGGUUGGGAAUUAUCAGCCUGAGAAUAUCGAUACCUCAAAUGAUACAGAAUGUUUAAAACGGAAAAUCCUUGACUUGGAAACUGAGCUGGAAGGCUACCGGAAUUUCCUGUUUCGGCUUCAGAAGCACUCUCAGUGCAGUGAGGCCAUUAUCACGGUUCUGUGUGGGACAGAAGAGGCCCAGGAGGGCUCAAACAAGCCCAAGGGAAGUACUGAUGAAGAAGAAAUGACGUUUUCAAGUUUGCACCAAGUGCGAUACGUGAAACACAUGCAAAUCCUCCAUCCACUGGCUCCAGAGAUGAUCGAGGGCAGGAUGCUAGAGAAUCUCAAACAGCAGCUGGUGGAGCAGGAGUAUGAGCUGCAGAAGGAGCAGAACUUGAACAUGGAACUUUUCAGCGAAAUCCAUAACCUGCAGAAUAAGUACAAAGAGCUUUCACCCUCAAGAUACGAUUCAUUAGUUCAGUCCCAAGCCAGGGAGCUGUCCCUUCAACGGCAGCAGAUUAAGGAUAGCCAUGACAUCUGUGUCAUUUAUCGUCAACAUGUGAACACCAUGAUUAAGGCAUUCAAGGAGUUGCUGCAGGCCAGCGAUGUGGAUUACUGCGUGGCCGAGGGUUUCCAGGAGCAGCUGCAUCAAUGUGCUGAACUGCUGGAGAAACUGGAAAAGCUGUUUCUCAAUGGAAAAUCGGUUGGAGUAGAAAUGAGCACCCAGAAUGAGCUGAUAGAGAGGAUUGAGGAAGACAACUUAACCGACCAGCAUAUUCUACCCGAGUCUCCUGAGCCUUCCACCUCUCAUGUGUUGUCUGAUUACGAAGCAUCUGAAAAGUCUUCUUUCUUCUCACAAGACCAGAAGCAAGACAGUGAGGCCGAGAAGACUUCAGUUAUAGCAAACGAUUUUUCUCAAGACUUACUAAUGCAACAUAUACAGGAAAUUCGAACUUUGAGAAAACGUUUAGAAGAAUCUAUUAAAACAAACGAGAAGCUACAGAAACAGCUGGAAAGGCAAGGGUCUGAAUUUGAUCAAGGUUCUACUUAUGGCUCAGAGCUGCAUAGUUCUCUGACAUCAGAAAUUCAUUUCCUAAGGAAGCAGAAUCAGGCCCUCAAUGCGAUGCUCGUUAAGGGCUCCAGAGAUAAACAGAAGGAGAAUGAAAAAUUACGAGAGUCCCUCUCCAGGAAGGCUGCGAACCUGGAGCACCUUCAGCAAGAGUAUGCCAGUGUGAAGGGAGAAAAUGAAAGGCUGCAGAAGGAAGUCAGUGAGAAGGAGAGGCACAACCAGCAGCUGAUCCAGGAGGUCUGCAGCAGCCGCAGCGAGCUGAGCAGGGUACAAGAGGAGAUGGAGUUGAGUCAGCAGUUGCUCUCACAGAAUGAAAAGCUCCUCCAGUCCCUCCGAGUGGAACUGAAGGUGUAUGAGAAGCUGGAUGAAGAGCACAGGAGACCAGGAGGGGCCAGAGCAGAGGCAUCGGGAGAAGGCCAGAAGAGACAGAGUCCAUUCAGUGACCUGCAUGGCCUCCUGAUGGAGAUCCAGGCUUUGCGGGUACAACUGGAAAGGAGCAUCGAAACCAACAGAGCCCUGCAGCACAGGCUGGAGGAGCAGCUGGUGAAUGGGAUGAAGACAGCGCAGGCAGGAGCCCUCACCCUGGCCGUCCUAGCCCCGUCCACCCCCGAGCGGUCCCUGCAGCUUGACAAACAUGGUGAAAAAUGUCUCAUGGCAAGUGAUAACUCAUUUGAUCUGUUUGAUUCUACCCUAGCAAUGAUACCAAAGUCAGCUUCAGAGACUCUUCCACUAUCUGGAAAUGACAAGGACUCCCUCUCCAGUGACAGUGGCAGCUCAGUGAACAGCACCCUGUGCGUGCCACCCCCAGUCACUGGCUGCUGCUUGUGGGCUAGCGAGAGUGGCUGGGACCGCACCGGGCCGGGUGUGGGAGUCCGUGAGCAGAUUGGCCAAGGCCAGCGGCUCCUUGCUAAGAUGGACAACCAGAUACAGGAUGUUCCCAGCCCCACGGACCAAGAGCUGGAAACCAAGCAGGGUUCACNCCAGGCGCCUCUGAGCAAGUUCCUCACCAGUGUGAGCACAGCCAAGCUGGUCCUGGAAGAGGCCUCGAGGUUACUGAAGCGGCUCUGGAGAGUCGCACUCCCCACAGGUGGCCAGUGUACCCUACACUGUGAGCAGAUCGGAGAAAUGAAGGCAGAGAUCACCAAACUGCACAAAAAAUUGUUUGAACAAGAAAAGAAGUUGCAAAGCACUGUGAAGCUUUUGCAGCUGAGCAAGCACCAGGAAAAAGUCAUCUUUGAUCAGUUGGUUGUGACCCACAAAAUCCUUCGGAAGGCCAGAGGAAACCUGGAGCUUAGGCCUGGGGGUGCUCAUCCGGGAACAUCCAGUCCCAGCAGACCAGGCUCCUGAGGAGAACUUGCAGCCAAUAAAGCUUCUACUUCCCCUAC